AUGGGCUCUGAUGAUGAUCAAUCAGAUGAGAUGGCUCUGAACUUGACAAAGGCUGCAACUGAUCAAGGUCAGGGAGGCCUGGAGGAAAAAACACGUUCAAAUUUGACCACCCAACUGACGGUUGACUUGGUAAAGGAUGAUCCAAGCGAUGACCCCAUGGAACUGUUUGAAACCGUUUGGCAUGCUUUGAUACCUCCCAAGAGCGGACACAAGCAACCCCCUCCUUCCAAAAUCGCCCAGGACGGCGCACUGAAAGGACAGCCGCUUGUUGCCUCUCCCAAGAAACCCAAUCCAAGCGAUGACCCCAUGGAAUUUGUUGAAAGUAUUUGGCAUGCUUUGACAACGGCGUUUCCACCAACCAUUGAUCAUUCUUUGGACCAAUUCUCAAUUGGAUGGUCCACAAAACAAGGUCAGAACCAGAACAAAAUUUUCAACUAUUUACACACAACAACAAUCCUAUUUUAUGAUGUCUGCGCUGCCCAUCAGAAGUGA